CCUGGUCACUAGUUCAGCGGAAAUUACAAUACUGUUCAGGAAGGUCCACCAGAGCCUUAUAAACAACCACUUCCUGCGAGUCCACACACUGACCCAGCCCAUGCUCCCUGCAGGAUGGGUCUACUGCUCCCCUUGGCGCUCUGCGCCCUGGCCACAAGCUACAGCGCUGCCUUCCCAGCUCAGCAGACCACCAAAAACCUCUUCCCUUUUCUUUCUCGUGGCUGCAAUGACUCGGAUGUGCUGUCCUUUGCUGGCUUUGCCCUGGAGGACAUCAACAAGGACCGAAAGGAUGGCUACAUCCUCAGUCUCAACCGAGUGAGCGAUGUCCGUGAACAGAGACAGGAUGACGAACCCGGGGGCUCUCUGUUCUAUCUCACCCUGGAUGUGUUAGAGACCAGAAGCCAUGUGCUCAGCCGGAAGUCCUGGAGGGACUGUAAGAGCAGGCACCUGCAUGAGACAGUUUAUGGCCAAUGCAAAGCAUUAUUUUAUAUUAACAAACCAAGAAGAGUUCUCUAUACAGUGGCUUAUAAUUGUACUCUUCGUCCAGUUUCUCGAAGAUCAAUCCACAGGAUGUGUCCUGACUGCCCCAGCCCCAGCUCUCUUGAUGGUUCAGAUCCCAAGGUUUUGGAAGCUGUUACUGAGACUCUUGCAAAAUACAACAGACAACACACAUCGAAGCAGUAUUCUCUUGUUGAAGUCACAAGGGCUUCCAGUCAGUGGGUGAAUGGUCCUUCUAACUUUGUGGAAUAUUUAAUCAAAGAGAUACCACAACCGUGUACCAAAUCCAUGGAUAGUACCUGCGCACUUCAGUCCCCAGACCCGGUGCCUGUUGGCCUUUGCGAAGGUUCUCUGACAGAAAUCAAAGCAGACAAGAUUGUUGUAGUGAACUGUGACUUCUUUGAACCACAGGACGCUGCUGCUGAAGGUGAAAAGGCUGCAAAGCUCCCCAAGGUGCAAGACCCUGGGAACAAAGAAGCAGAAGCCAAAAAAGGUCCAAAAGGAACUGUCCAGAAACUUCCUGACUUGGAUGACGAGAGGCCUGAACAGUCACAGGACCCGAGUCCAGUGGAGGAGUUCCCUGUGCAUCUGGACCUAACCACAGAUCCCGAAGGACAGGCCCUGGAUGUCUCCUUCCUCUUCAUUGGGCCUUUGGAGGAGAAACUGCUUGUCCUACCUUUUCCCUCAAAGGAACAGCGCUCUGCCGAGUGUCCAGGACCAGCCCGGGAUGCGAACCACCUUGUUCUUCCCCCCUGAGAGCCACAUAGGUGAUUCCAGGGGACCAGAAUCCCACAGCAGUCGUGGGGGAGUGCUAGAGAUAAAUGAGAUGUACAAAGUGAUAAAUAAAAAGUCACUGUAUUUGGUCUUGGCAUAUUGGCUGGAAGUGAAGUAGUGACACUACUUUGUCCACUUGUAUUCUGGGUGGUUUGAUUCCAAGACCUCUAAGGCCUCAGCCAAACAUCAGGCUCUUGGUGAGCUGAAUGGAAACUGGGGACACUGGAAUUGGUGGGAAAUGUACACUGGUGAAAGGAUGGGUGUUAGAAUAUUAUAUGACUGAAUUCUAAUCAUAAACAACUCUGCAACUGUGUUUUGCACUGUAAUGCAAUUAAUAAAUAAAUUUUUAAAAGCUA